AGCUCCAAAAUUGUUUUGGAGUUCGAUUUGGUAGUCAGUUGUGUGUAUACUCAUACCAUAUUCCCACACCGCCAUUCAACCCUUUCGCCAUACUUCCUCCGCCGCAACCCUCGCUAUGUCCUCCGCCAGAUCACGGAACUUCCGCCGCCGCGCCACCGAGCCCAACGAUGACGAUGCCAACGACGGCACACCUUCAACCACCGCCAUGACGACCACCACCAAGCCUAAAAAGCCCCCAAAGCUCCUCAGCUUCGCCGACGACGAAGGCGACGACGCUGACGCUCCCCCCUCACGUGCCUCCUCCAAAACCCACCGCUCCGCCGCCGAAAAACCCUCCUCCCGAAUCGCCAAGCCCUCCUCCUCCUCCUCCUCCCAUAAAAUCACCAAUUUCAAGGACCGAAUCGCUCACUCUUCUUCUCCGUCCGUACCCUCCAAUGUCCAACCCUUAGCCGGAACUUACACCAAAGAAGCCCUUCGUGAGCUCCAGAAGAACACAAGAACCUUAGUCACUAGCAGCAGCAGUGCCUCUCGUGCUUCCGCUUCGGGUUCGGGUUCGGAUCCGAAGCCUUCUUCCGAGCCUGUUAUUGUCCUCAAGGGACUCGUCAAGCCGUUAGGUUCGGAUGCCGAUGCUGCUAGGGAUUCGGAUUCCGGAGGGGAGCAGGAGGACAUGGAGGCAAAAUUGGCCGCCGUAGGGAUUGCGGCGAAUGGGAAGGAUUCUGUUAUUCCGGAUGAGAAGACAAUUAGGGCUAUUAGGGCGAAGAGGGAGCGCCUCCGGCAGGCUCGUCCCGCGGCGCCGGAUUAUAUCUCGUUGGAUGGGGGGAGUAAUCACGGUGAGGCAGAGGGGCUGAGCGACGAGGAGCCGGAGUUUCGUGGCCGGAUUGCGAUGUUUGGAGAGAAGAAGAAGGAUGCUGGGAAGAAGGGUGUGUUUGAGGAUGCGGAUGUGGAUGAGAGGUUGAAAGUUAAGAAGGGUGAUGACGAUGUUGGUUAUGGUUAUGGUUAUGAUGAGGAGGAUGAGGAGGAGAAGAUGUGGGAAGAGGAGCAGGUUCGGAAAGGGUUGGGGAAGAGAAUCGACGAAGGGUCAGGUAGGGUUGCCACUAAUGUUCCUGUUGUGCAAGUUCAGCACCAGCAACAGCAGCACAAGUUUAUUGGUCCCUCGGUUGGAACCGUGUAUGGCACGGUUCCUGGGGUUUCAGUGAGCCCAAGCAUUGGGGGAGCCAUUGAAGCUACGCCGGCUUUGGAUGUUGGGUCCAUAUCUCAGCAAGCUGAGAGAACGAAAAAGGCUUUGCAGGAUAAUGUGAAGAGGCUUAGGGAGUCUCAUGCAAGAACAGUGUCAUCACUGAAUAAAACUGAUGAAAAUCUGUCUGCCUCCCUUUUGAAUAUUACUACUCUUGAAAACUCUUUGGCGCUAGCUGAUGAGAAGUACAGGUAUAUGCAAAGGCUCCGAAAUUAUGUCACCAAUAUAUGUGAUUUUUUACAGCAUAAAGCAUUUUACAUUGAAGAACUUGAAGAGCAAAUGAAGAAAAUUCAUGAAGAUCGUGCGUCAGCUGUUUUUGAAAGAAGAGCCGCUAAUAAUGAUGAUGAAAUGAUGGAGAUAGAAGCAGCUGUGAAGGCUGCAAUGUCAGUUUUAAGCAGGAAAGGUAACAAUGUUGAAGCUGCCAAAAGUGCAGCUCAGGAUGCAUUUGCGGCUAUAAGAAAACAAAAAGAUCUUCCAGUGGAGUUAGAUGAAUUUGGUAGAGACUUAAAUCUUGAGAAACGGAUGAAAUUGAAAGUGAGGGCUGAGGCUCGUCAACAACGCAAGAGGUCUCGUGCAUUUGAUUCUAAAAAACUGUCAUCCAUGGAAUUGGAUGAUAAUAAAGUAGAGGGUGAAUCAAGCACUGAUGAGAGUGGUGACGAAAGCCAAGCAUAUCAGUCACAACAGGAUCUGGUACUGCAGGCUGCCGAUGAGAUUUUCAGUGAUGCCUCUGAGGAAUAUGGUCAACUGUCUUUGGUCAAAAGAAGAUUUGAAGAAUGGAAAAAAGAGUAUUCCUCAAGCUAUGCUGAUGCUUAUAUUUCAUUGAGUCUUCCAUUGAUCUUUUCUCCAUAUGUAAGAUUGGAACUGCUGAGGUGGGACCCACUUCGUAAGGGACUAGACUUCCAAAAUAUGAAAUGGUAUAAAUUGUUGUUCAGUUAUGGCUUGUCUGGCGAUGGAAAAGAUUUUGUUCAUGAUGAAAAUGAUGCUGAUCUUGAACUUGUCCCAAAUCUAGUGGAAAAGGUUGCACUGCCUAUUCUGCAUUAUGAAAUUUCCCAUUGCUGGGACAUGUUUAGUCAGCAGCAAACCAUAAAUGCUAUUGCUGCCACAAAAUUAGUCGUGCAACAUGUGUCACAUGAAAGUGAAGCCCUUGCAGAUUUGCUGGUUUCCAUUCGUACACGUCUGGCCGAUGCUGUUGCUAAUCAUAUGGUCCCAACUUGGAGUCCAUUAGUACUAGCUGCUGUUCCAGAUGCUGCAGGAGUUGCAGCAUAUCGGUUUGGAGUGUCUGUUAGAUUAUUGAGAAAUAUUUGCUUGUGGAAGGAUAUAUUUUCAAUGUCAGUAUUAGAGAAGCUUGCCCUUGACGAGCUUUUGUAUGGAAAAGUUCUACCUCACUUUAGAAGCAUAUCGGAAAAUGUUCAUGACGCAAUAACAAGAACAGAACGUGUCGUUGCUUCCCUAUCUGGGGUCUGGGCUGGCCCAAGUGUUGUUGGAGACAGCAGCCACAAAUUGCAGCCCAUGGUGGCUUAUGUGCUGUCACUUGCAAGGAUUUUAGAGAGAAGAAAUGCAGCCGAGACUGACACAAGUCAUCUAGCCCGCCGGUUAAAGAAAAUACUUGUCGACCUCAACGAAUAUGACCACGCUAGGAACAUAGCUAGAACCUUCCAUCUCAAGGAGGCAUUGUGAGUGAACACAGCUUGAAUUCAAUGUGUCUUUAUACACCACUCUUGGUAUACAAGGUAAUCUGACCCUUAGUUGAGCCUUUCUGAAGUGAGUUUAGAUAGCUUUCUGACUCUCAUAGCUUGAUAUAUGAUUUUCCUAUGGACCUUCUUCAAGCCUGAGGAGACAUUUUUCUUUCCCUUGUACACGGAGAACCACUGUAAGAUUUUCCAUCAUCUCCUGUGAUUUACAUAACAUGAUACUGAAAUGAAUUACUGUUCUAUUUAAAGUAUUCUUCCUUGUUCAGUUUUGGUAGAUUUGGGUCAUUGGGUGGAAUGUUUUUAGCAAGAUGUAUCUAUAUAUAUCA